AUGGAUCAACUCAUAAACAACUUGGAGGUCCAACUUAAUUCAGGAGAUGGCUCAAUGCAGGUAUUAAAACAGGUCACUGCCCCUGUUCAGAUCAGAGAUUCCCCUGAGACAGCAGACAGAAGUAAUAUGACAUCUCCACCAUUCCUGGAUGCCAACCCCAUGGAGAACCCAGCACUGUUUAAUGACAUCAAGAUUGAGCCCCCAGAAGAACUUCUGGAUAAUGAUUUCAGCCUGCCCCAGGUGGAACCAGUUGACCUCUCCUUUCACAAGCCCAAGGCUCAUCUACAGCCUGCUAGCAUGCUGCAAGCUCCUAUAUAUCCUCCCAAGCCACAGUCUGCUCCCCAGACCCUUGAGGUAUCCACCUCAACAUCUGACAUGGGCACUUCAGCAAACAUCCCUACUGUUCUGACUCCAGGUUCUAUCCUGGCUUCCUCUCAGGGCAGUGGUAGCCAACAGAUCUUACAUGUGAUUCAUACCAUCCCCUCAGUCAGUCUGCCAAAUAAGAUGGGUGGCCUGAAGACCAUUCCAGUGGUAGUGCAGUCUCUGCCCAUGGUCUAUACUACAUUACCUGCAGAUGGAAGCCCUUCAGCCAUUACAGUCCCACUUAUUGGAGGAGAUGGCAAAAAUGCUGGAUCAGUGAAAGUUGACCCCACUUCCUUGUCUCCACUGGAAAUUCCGAGUGACAGUGAGGAGAGCGCAGUUGAAAGUGGAUCCUCAGUCUUACAGAGUCUACAGGGACUACAGCAAGAACCACCAGCAAUGGCCCAAAUGCAGGGAGAAGAUUUGCUUGACUUGAAGAGAAGACGGAUUCACCAAUGCGACUUUGCAGGAUGCAACAAAGUUUACACCAAAAGCUCUCACCUGAAAGCUCACCGAAGAAUCCAUACAGGAGAGAAGCCUUACAAAUGCACCUGGGAUGGCUGUUCCUGGAAAUUUGCUCGCUCAGAUGAGCUCACCCGCCAUUUCCGCAAGCACACAGGCAUCAAGCCCUUCCGGUGCACAGACUGCAACCGCAGUUUUUCUCGCUCUGACCACCUGUCCCUGCACCGCCGGCGCCAUGACACCAUGUGAGCAGCACAGGCUGCACUAGAGGAGCUGCGCUGGUCUUUUCCUUGUGUGUGUGCUGAGGUCAAGAACAUUUUUUCCACUUUGACUUCAACUUGCCUUUGGGAUGGCGUGGGAGCAGCCCACUGAACCAGGUUGAGGAGACUGAUGAAAAAGUAGCAGAUCUCCCAUGGGACUCUUCAUAGUCCACUUUCACCUCUCCACUAAGCAGACCCCAGUUUUUUCAACCUCCACAUGGGUUGAAUUCCAGUGUGGCACCCAUGGCUGCCUACCCCAUCAUCACCUCUGCUCUGAAAUAGGACAUCUUUCCUACAAUAACAAAACAGGAAUCAAACUCAAGGCUGUGAACAUACACUGCUUUUUUCCUCCUAUUUUUCUUUUGUUUUCUACUACUCUUAUCCAUAUGUUUUCUUUUAAAUCGGUACUUGAAGGUGGUUGGUAGUGUCUUAAAAUGACUUUUUUCAAGUUCCCAAAUGGAAGGAG